AUGAAAACACGAAAAUGCACAUCGUUCAGCAAAGUCACGGCAGGCACGCUGCUGUCGUUCCUCGCCCUCUCAACCCAAGUCGAUGCAGCCAAACUCCCCGCCAUCGACCCUUGGUACCCGGUGCCUGCGCCUAGGCAACAGGACACUCAUGACUUCACCUUGAGACACAUAUUCCAUCGAGGCACAUAUCAAGAUCCAGCAUUACACAAGCGCUAUGACUUCCGGCCCCAAGAGCCAGUAUUGUUUGUCGAGGACGAGAGUGAAAUACCACACUCCGUCGAAACUACGCCACACUUUACCGCCAGAUCCAAUCCGGUAGAAAUUGAACGGCUCGUUGACAGACAGCCAUACAACAUCGAAAACCAUUUGCAACAUGCUCGGUAUUUUGGUUCACCGGCCGUGCUAGACGUAUCUGCAUGGACCCUGGAUGAAGUCAAAGGGCCUAACAUCUCAGACCAAAACACUGUCAUCGCCCUGGCCACCAUGGCAUCCAAUGCAUAUGCUCAGAUACCUGGCGAAGGAGAUUGGCGAGAUGUUGGCCAUGGAUACAACCGAUCGAAGCCGUUUGGAUGGGAAGGCGACGGCUUGAGAGGUCAUAUUUUCGCUGAUGAAGGCAACGAGACAGUCAUCAUCAGUCUCAAAGGAACCUCUCCGGCCGUGUUCGAUGGCGAUGGGACUACAACAAGGGAUAAGCUGAAUGACAACUUGUUCUUCAGUUGCUGCUGUGCCCAAGGUGGACAGUACUUCUGGCGACAAGUCUGCGAUUGCUAUGACAGCACUUAUACCUGCAACUCGACGUGUCUCGCUAAGGCGUUGCGCCACGACAAUCGCUACUAUCGUGCAGCUAUUGACCUCUACACUAACGUUACUGAACUGUAUCCGGACUCGGCUGUCUGGCUAGUCGGACAUUCUUUGGGUGGAGCAGUGACGAGUCUUCUCGGUCUCACAUUCGGACUUCCGACAGUGACUUUCGAAGCACCCGGGGACGACUUGGCAGCGAAGCGACUAGGCUUACCUACACCGCCAUCUUCAGACCCUCACAGACCGAGAACCAAGUAUACUGGAGCGUAUCAAUUUGGAAACACAGCCGAUCCUGUCUUCAUGGGCACGUGCAAUGGAGCAACAGCAACAUGCACCUUGGGUGGCUACGCCAUGGAGUCACAAUGCCAUACAGGAAAGCAGUGCGUCUACGACACCGUCACCGAUCUUGGCUGGCGUGUGGGUAUUGGCAAUCAUAAGAUACAUAAUGUGAUCGAUAACGUGAUCAAGAAGUAUAGCACGGUACCCGCCUGCGAGCCAGAUGACGAGUGUGUCGAUUGCUACAAUUGGAAGUUCUUCGAGAGCAAUGGAUCCGACUCUACGACCACUUCUAGAUCGUCCACGACCACAUCCACUAGGACAAGGACAACAACAUGCCAGACACCAGGUUGGUGGGGCUGCCUGGACGAGACAUCGACAACGAGUAAGACAACACCCGUCAUUACAACUACGUAUACAACAACGAGCUGCUUGACACCGGGAUGGUUUGGAUGCAAAGACAGCGUCAACUUGACUGUGACUACGACUACAGCGGCGCCCACACUUUCCGUACCCAGAACGUCUGCUGCUGUUUCUACCACUGCGACCGAGUCAGAUUGUGCCCAACCAGGUUGGUGGGGUUGCCGAGAUGACACAACAACGAGCACCGCAAUUCCUUCGCCAACGUCAUCACAUACAAGGGCAACAAAGACUGCUGAGCCUCACACUUGCGAGACACCAGGGCUGUUUUUCGGGUGUCAUGAUCGUCCAGGGCAUUCUGAAACACAUGAGCUGUCGAGGACCCAUGCAACAACAGGACAAGUUACUGAUGCACCAACGCCUACCGCGAGUACUGUACAACCGACGAGUACGCAGUCUAAGGAUGGCCGCAAACGGAAGCACAAGAGAUGCAAACAUCCUGCAUUCUUCGGGCUGAUAUGCUUGGAUGACGAUGAUGAAGUGGAAGUGCAUGAUCUGUAA